GUAGCAGUGGCUAGUGAAGAAAGGGGUGCCUCCGUUGUAACCUCCAAGCCUACCUGUGCUUGGAUGAUGGGGUUAGAUGGCCACCAAGUGAAAGCUCGCGCCCUCCUUCGUCGUGGGAAGCAAGAAUCGAGUGAUAUCAAGGAAUGCAGUUAUUGCACCGACGUUGCCCGUGCCUCACCUUCUCACUACACGCAGUACACGGUAACGAUCAUUGACAUCUACGGUAGGUCUGAAAUGAGUAAUGAAGAAUACAAUGCCCUAACUGUCGAUGUGGAAGUUCUUCCCGGCUGCGAUGACUCCAAACUGGGACAAUGUUAA